UUUGCAGAUGACUUACUAUUGUGGAUAAUCAUGCUACUCUCACGACUCCUACCGAAGGUGACUCCCCCUCCUGUUCGGGUGGCGCUCGGCGGUCGUCGUCACCGGCCUACUAGCUGCCACUGAUUCCUUCCUAUAACACCUUUAUCACUGCUGAGACUGGUCUUGUUGGUCCAGGCCCUGCAGUUCGUCUGAGGUUGUCUUGGGACAGACUCCCCAAGGUUCCCAAGGCUGUUUGGCGCUAUGUUAGGAUCGUGUCUGAAUUCAUCCCUGGGUACAUCCCAUAUUACCUGGCUGACUUGGUUCCAAUGCAAAAAUACAAAAAUAGUGAGAAACAGAUUCAAUGCACUGUGGUUGCAACAUCUGAAAGGACCCUGGAUGUCAUUCUGAAAACACCCAAGAUGACACUGUAUGAACUGGGUGUGAACCUCCCCUGUUCUCUGCCCAUUGAGUCUAUGACUGAUCUUUCUCCCUUUGAUGACAACAUUGUUAACAAAAUCCACUACUUGUUUUCUGAAGUCAACGCAGUUAAAUGUAGCAUGGUCGGAGACACAUUGACAACAUUUAACAACAGGAAGUACCCGGUCAAUAUGCCUCUCUCCUGCUACCAAGUUUUGGCUCAGGAUUGCACCAUAGAGCUCAAAUUCAUGGUUCUGCUGAAGAAGGAUCACGCAUCUGAACAAAACCACAUCAAUGUGAAAAUCUCUGACAUUGAUGUUGACCUGUACCCUGAGGACAAUGAUGUGAUAGUGAAGGUCAAUGGAAUGGAAAUUUCCAAAGACAACCUCCCAUACCAGGACCCCUCAGGUUCUAUCAAGAUCAAACAGAAGGGUGAAGGUGUGUCUCUCUAUGCCCCAAGCUAUGGUCUCCAAAAUGUCUACUUUGAUAAGCACUCAUGGAAGAUUAAAGUUGUGGACUGGAUGAAGGGACAGACUUGUGGACUCUGUGGAAAGGCUGAUGGCGAAAACAGACAGGAGUACCGUACACCCAGUGGCCGCCUGACCAAGAGCUCAGUCAGCUUUGCCCAUUCCUGGGUGCUUCCUUCUGAUUGCUGCCGUGAUGCGUCUGAAUGUCUCAUGAAGCUCGAGUCUGUGAAGCUGGACAAGCAGGUGAUUGUUGAUGACAGGGAGUCCAAAUGCUACUCUGUUGAGCCUGUGCUGCGCUGUCUGCCUGGAUGCCUCCCAGUGAGGACCACCCCCAUCACCAUCGGUUUCCACUGCCUGCCCGUCGAUUCCAACCUGAACCGCUCUGAAGGUCUGAGCAGCAUCUAUGAGAAGAGUGUGGACCUGAUGGAGAAGGCAGAAGCCCAUGUGGCCUGUCGCUGCUCUGAGCAGUGCAUUUAGUGCUCUGGUGGAGCAUAUACUGUAACUUUUAUAACAGAAAAUAUGUCAUUUCACAUCACUGAGAUGAAACCAACAACAUUAUUGACCACUCAAAUUGUAAUAAAUCCAACUGUGCAUACAAAGAUGGUCUCUGAUACAUUUUCCCACAUUUUUCAUUUGCAAAAAGAGCCCUCUAAUAAGAUACAUUUAAUGGCCAUCACUUUUCAUGGUGAAUUAUGAAAUUUAAAAAACGAUUUUAAAAAAAUAUGUCGGUGCCAAAAACACCUUCAGCUUGACAGAGGAGUUGUAUUGUAAACACAUCCAACUUGCUAUGAC